AUGGAUCAUAUUUUGCUCGAGCACAUUAUUUCGACCCAUGAACCGUGUGAUUUACGUCUGUCACAAGGAAGACUGGUUGGGAAGUUUGGCUUUGGACUUGGAUUCAAGAAGAACUCUAAUUUGACGAAUCUCUUUUCAGUCGGAGUCCUCCGAAUGCGAGAAAACCUCGAGAUCAACCAGCUCUACGAAAAGUGGAUCAAGCAAGACGGACUCGAUACUCCCCCAAAAUGCAAUCAAAACGACGAGGAAGCAAAUACCGCCGUGACUGAGUCAAACAAAUUGACAUUCGACAACCUGAAGGGAUUGUUUUUACUCGUCUGGGGAUCCUUAAUACUUGGCUUUUUAUUCCUGAUCGUGGAAUGGAUCGUUGCUUGUUACACCCUUUUGGAUUCUAAAAGUGGCUCGCCAAAGACGAUGGUCGAUGCGUUCAAAUUGAGGCUCAAAUACAUGCGGCAAAAUCAAAAAAUUAUCCGGCAAAGAUACAAAACGAAAAGAAACUCUUUCUCAAGAUAUUUAUCUCCCAUUUCCAAAGUUUACCAAAAUGACAGGAACGGAUCUCAAUAA